GAGAGAGACUGUGUGUGUGUGUGUGUGUGUGAGAGAGACAUGAGUAUAGUGCUGUGGCAUACUGUGACGACAGGGAGAGUGUAAACAAGGUUUGGAGCACUGCAGAAAGAAAAUGUACGGUUUCAUAAACACCUGUUUGAAGUCCCUGGUCAUAGAGAAGUUUGGUGAAGAUGCUUGGGAAAAACUAAGGACACUGGCAGAGGUCCAGGACACAUUUAUGACUUAUGAAAUUUACGAUGACAUCAUGACCCUGAGGCUGGUCCAGGAGGCUUGCACUAUGCUGGAUUUGUCCUCAGAGGUGGUGCUUAAACUCUUUGGUGAGUACUUCUUCAGCUUCUGCAAGAUGUCUGGCUAUGACACCAUGCUGCGCACACUUGGUGGCAACCUGGUGGAGUUUAUCGAAAACCUGGAUGCUCUCCACAGUUACUUGGCAUUGUCCUAUGAAGAGAUGAAUGCACCCUCCUUUCGGGUUGAGAAAACUAACGACGGCAGAAUGCUGCUCCAUUACUACUCUGACCGUAAAGGCUUGUAUCACAUAGUGCCUGGCAUUAUAGAGGCGGUAGCUAAGGACUUCUUUGAUAGUGAGGUGGACAUGACCGUGCUCAACCAGUCAGAGGAGAUUGAGCGUACUGGGAAGAAGGAACAUGUGGUCUUCCUGGUGGUCCAGAGGCCAAACCAGGCACAGAGGAGACCCCAGCCAAGUGAUGGACAGUCCAAAGUCCAGAAAGAGGAGGCCAAGAAGGAGGUGGAGGAGACCAUGAAGAGACUGAAGGACAGAUACAGCAACCUUCCUGCAUGUCCAAGGAAGAAAGCACCUUGGGACAUUGUCAGGAGCAUUGUUCGAUUUGGCCAAGGAAACCUCCUUGCUGAGUUCAUCCCACAAUACCCAGAGAGGCUGUGGAUUGAGGAGAAGGCUUUCUGCAAUGCCUUUCCUUUUCACAUCGUCUUUGAUAAACAUCUGCGAGUGAAGCAGACAGGUGUCAACAUCCAGAAGUUUGUACCUGGUCUCCAGACCAUUGACAUACGUCUGGACGAGUACUUCAGCAUUGUCCACCCCCAGGUCACCUUCAACAUCGACAGCAUCAAGAAGUUCAUCAACAGCCAGUUUGUGCUAAAGACACGGCGGGAGAUGAUGCCCAAGUGUACCCAGCAGCAGGCCUUGCUAAAGCUCAGAGGACAGAUGGUGUGGAUGGAGUCUCUGGAGUGCAUGGUGUAUCUGUGCUCACCGAAACUGCGCAGCCUUCAGGAGCUGGAGGAGCGCGGCCUCCACCUGGCCGACAUCGCGCAGCACGACACCACGCGCGACCUCAUCCUGCUCAACCAGCAGCGGCUGGCCGAGAUCGAGCUCUCCAAUCAGCUGGAGCGCAAAAAGGAGGAGCUGCGCAUCCUGUCGCGCAACCUGGAGGUGGAGAAGAAGAAGACAGAGACACUGCUCUACGCUAUGCUACCCCGACACGUUGCCAACCAGCUGAAAGAGGGCAAGAAAGUGGAAGCAGGAGAGUUUGAAGUCUGCACCAUCCUCUUCAGUGAUGUGGUGACCUUCACCAACAUCUGCGCUGCCUGUGAGCCCAUUCAGAUUGUCCACAUGCUGAACUCCAUGUACUCAAAGUUUGACCGCCUCACAAGCAUCCAUGAUGUAUAUAAGGUUGAGACGAUUGGUGAUGCGUACAUGGUAGUUGGCGGCGUACCAAUUUCAACAGAGACGCAUGCGGAGAGGGUGGCCAACUUUGCUCUGGGGAUGCGUAUUGCUGCGAGGGAGGUGACCAGCCCUAUCACAGGAGAGCCCAUACAGAUCCGAGUAGGUCUCCACACUGGGCCUGUGUUGGCUGGGGUGGUGGGGGAGAAGAUGCCGCGGUACUGCCUGUUUGGAGACACGGUCAACACAGCCUCUCGCAUGGAAAGCCACGGGAUUCCUGACCAGAUUCACAUGAGUCCAUUUACAUACAAGGCCCUGGAGGGCAAAGGCUUCGACAUCAGCGAGCGGGGGGAAAUCGAGGUGAAGGGCAAGGGCCUGAUGACCACUUACUUCCUCCUGAAGAACCUCCACGCCUCCGAGGAGCAGAUCAUGGGAAGGGAUCCGGAGCCAGAGGAGCUGUACAGGGACGCCCCGGAGGGCAGGGUCCAGAGCCGCAGAGUCUCUGAGCAUCCAGACAGAAAGAAGAGUGGCAUGUCCUCUGAUUCUCCUGAUUCUCCCUCUGACGUUGCCAGUGAGGAUCAAAACACCAAGAGGGACACUGACAGCAUCUCAGGAGCUCACCCAAAUAGCCUUCAGCCUAAAUUGGUCCCCAGAAACUCUAGAUUCUGUGUUUUGCUAUAGACAGAUUUAGCUCUGUAGCAGUUUAAGUAUCCAGCUACAGUCUAGUUGUGACCUAAUAUGAGUGAUUUAUUUUUAUUUUGUAUUUAUUAAUCUAUUUAAUUAUUUACCUAUUUUUCUGUUAUAUCCUCCAUAUAGAAGAUUGUUCAUGUCUAUGACAGAGGUCAUUUAGGAAGGUUAGCUCCUGAAAUUUGGGAGUGUUCAGACAGAGCUUUUUAAACCUAGUUCAAAUAUUUUUUUUUACAUAGGGAAUUAAAAACUUUGUUCAGUUCUGGUUGUGUUUCUGAAAUAUUAACAUUAGACCCACCACAAAUAUGAUUCGCUUCACAUUUGCUUGACCCACUGCGAGUUUCAAGGUGUCCAUCGUAGCUUUUACUAGGUGCUAAAACAUGCAUGCAAAACUAACCUAAAUUAGAUCAUUAUACAAGAACACACACACACCAUCUGGACUGGCUACAACAGAUCACUGUUCCUCUUUGACCUAGCUACUAGAGCGACCUGUAGGGCUUGUCCCUGUUGUGAAUAGCAUCUGCAUACUGGACACACACACAUACACACACACACACACUACAUGCCGUGUUCUGUCUGCCUGUCUGUAGGCCUGACAGCCAUGGGGACACCAGUAUUGUCUCCACCGUCAGCCAUCUGGCGGGAGAAGCCCCAUGCUGGCUCUCGGCGUGCGCUGUGGGCCAGCUCUCACUUCCAGCUGCUGACUGAGAGACUCCCCAGAGCCUGAGCUGCCAUUGUGCGGCACCAUCUCUCCGGCGUGAACACAGCUCUUGGACAUUUCUUUGCCAGUAGCAUCCCCUUAUUUGUCUUCUCAGUGAAAUGGAACAAGACUACAUCACGCAUAUUUUAUAUAACCACCUUGGAGUGUAUUACAUAUAUUUUUUCUUACAACUGAACAUUUUUAUGCAAUGCUUUUUAUUGAAAUAAUGUAAGUAUUAGGACUUAGUCUGGAAUUUCAACUAUGAACCAUUGCAUUGCUAAAACCAAAAACAAACACAAACUGAUCUUAAAUCAGUGUGAAUCUCUGUAAAGCCCCAUUACCUAUCCUCAGAACACAGUCCCAACACUUAAUUUAUCCAGUAUAAAUCAGUCACUAACAGAAUGGUAAUCUCAAUGGUUACCUGGAUCCCUGAGCUCUUUCAUGUGCCUUUUAGGGAUACAAGCCUCAUUCUGUCGCUGAAACUAGUCCUAAUUCUGUCACGAAUACAAGAGUAUUCAAAUGCAUUCUUUGAAAGACAAGGGGCCUCAUUCUCGAACAUUUUCUGAAGUUUCUUCUGAAAUGUUUCUUACGGGCUUUGGAAAAACAA